GCGGUCCGCAGCGCGGUGGGUAUGUGCGUACGCGGCGCUCGCCCGGCUGAUUUCCUGUGUUGCAGGUGACGGUGAGCUGCGGUCAAAAUCCAGCCGCUCGCUUCCGCCCAGGUGAGAGCGCAGGGCAGACGGCGACCCGGGAGCAACCAGGCCUUUUGCAGCCCGCCUCUGCGGACCAGGUUAUUCUGACAGAUUCCAAAGAGAUCGAUUCACCAUGCCUGAAAAUCCUGCAACAGAUAAACAGCAGGUUCUACAAAUUCUUGAUCGUCUGCAAAUGAAACUGCGAGAGAGAGGGGAGACUUCACAGAAUGAAAACCUGACUAUUUUAUGUAACACACUCAGAAGCCCUUUGUUUAAUCAGAUACUGACCCUUCAGCAGUCCAUCAAGCAACUGAAGGAGCAACUCAAUUACAUGCCUUCGGACCGGUCAGUGGACUUUGAUUUUACUAAGAGAGGGUUACUAGUAUUUGAUGCUGAUAGAUCCAUUACUAAUGGGAACAUGUAUGUGGCUCAUAAUUCAUCUGGACCCAGAGUAGAUCCACUCAAUCCAAAACUAGGAGCUGAUGAAUUCAAUAUGAUGAUCCAAUGGAUGGCAAAGGGCAGGCAAAUAGAAUACAUAGAUAUAGAAAAACCAUCUGUUGGAGGACUUGGUUUUAGUGUGAUUGCCCUUAAAAAUCAAACGAUGGGAGAAGCUGGUAUCUUUGUCAAGGAAAUCCAACCAGGAAGCAUAGCUGCCAGGAACCAAAGAUUAAAGGAAAAUGACCACAUUUUAGCCAUUAACCACACCCCGUUGGAUCAGAACAUUUCCCAUCAGCAGGCUAUUGCACUGCUUCAACAAUCCACAGGAGCUUUACAUCUGGUUGUUGCUAGAGAGUCAGUCCAAAGAAAUAGCGGAACCUCUGCUGUCUUAAGUGACACACAUCCACUGGAGAAUAUUCAGUGGGGCCAUGUUGAAGAAGUUGAACUGAUUAACGACGGGUCAGGAUUAGGUUUUGGAAUUGUAGGAGGAAAAUCAAAUGGUGUCGUUGUAAGGACUAUAGUUCCAGGCGGAUUAGCAGAUCGGGAUGGAAGACUUAGAACAGGAGAUCACAUUUUACAGAUUGGAGGAACCAAUGUACAAGGAAUGAUCAGUGAACAAGUUGCCCAAGUGCUGAGAAACUGUGGGAAUUCUGUUAGGAUGGUGGUUGCCAGAGAUCCAGCAUGUGAGAUUACUGUGACACCACCAACACCUCUGAGCCUGCCUGUUGGUGCAUUUCCCUUCUCUCCGGACAGGGGUUCUAAGACAACUCUUUUUGAUACCUAUGACGUGGAGCUUACAAAAAAAGAUGGACAAAGCCUUGGUAUAACAAUUGUUGGAUAUACUGGAACAUCUGAUGUAGCAGAUUCUUCAGGGAUCUUUGUGAAAAAUAUAAUACCUGGCAGUGCUGCAGAUCACAGUGGCCUUAUACAAGUCCAGGACAAAAUUGUUGCUGUUGAUGGGAUUAAUGUUCAGGAUUGCUCCAACCAAGAAGUGGUGGAGGCUCUGCGUCGCACUGGCCAGGUGGUGCACCUUACCUUGCUUCGACAGAAACCUUCUCGUGCUUUCUCUUCAGGAAGAUCUUUAGAGAGAGAGCAGCCAAAUAUGCCAGCCUUAGUCCUGUCUGGAGCUGUAGAGACGGAAACUAAUUUGGAUAGUGAGAAUGAGGAGGAUCAAGAGGACAAAGAUAAUUUUGAAAAUGAAAAGAAGCAAAAUCUACACAAAAUAGGAAGAGACUCAGACUCUCCAGAAAAGGAGUUGAAAUCCAAGUGGGGAAAACUACUGGGACCUGAUUAUGAAGUCAUGGUGGUUCAUGUGGACAUGCCAAUUACAGAUGAUGCUGAGCUCCAGAAAUACUCAAAGCUAUUGCCUCUCCACACUUUGAGAUUAGGAGUUGAACUCGAUACAUUUGAUGGACAUCACUAUAUAUCUUCAAUUGCUCCAGAUGGUCCAAUUGCUAUGCUUGGCCUACUGCAACUGGAGGAUGAACUUCUAGAGGUAAAUGGAGUUCAGCUUUAUGGAAAAUCCCGCCGUGAGGCAGUUUCUUUUCUGAAAGAAGUGCCGCCUCCGUUCACUCUGGUUUGUUGUCGGCGCCUGUUCGACGAUGGCGGCGAAUCCUUUGUGGAUGAGCUCAGCACCAUCGAGGUUUCGUCUCCAGAGCCAAAGAUGAAACCAGAAGUAGACCUUCAUCCUGAAGAGGAAGGAGAUGGUGAACUAGCAUUAUGGUCUCCUGAUGUGAAAGUUAUUGAACUAGAAAAAGACUAUAAAGGUUUAGGAUUCAGCAUUUUAGAUUAUCAGGAUCCCCUAGAUCCAACAAGAACGGCCAUUGUGAUCAGCUCUCUGGUAGCGGGUGGAGUAGCCGAACGCGGGGGUGAACUGUUACCAGGCGACCGUCUGGUUUUUGUAAAUGAGAAAUAUUUGGACAAUGCCACUCUAGCAGAGGCGGUAGAAGUGUUGAAAUCUGUGCCCCCAGGUACUAUUCGCCUUGGCAUCUGCAAGCCUUUGGUGGGAGAAAGCAAAGAGGAGGAGAACUUUUGCAUUGUGGAUCCCAGCACCAUUGAAGACAACUCUGCAUCUCCAACAUCAAUAAAUGAUAUUCAUUCAUCAAUAAUGCUCGAGGCACCACAGGGUUUUAGAGAUGAAACAUUCUUUCAAGAAGAACUUGUUGAUGAGCCACUUCUGGAUUUGGGGAGGCCAUUUCAGCUAGCUCAGAAUGAAACAGAACAUAAGGAGUCCUGGGAAAUGCAUGAAUUCCUUAAGGCUAAAAUAGAGGAAAUGGGUGAAGAGCGGGAAAUGUUAGUGGAUGAAGAGUAUGAUAUGGACCCGGAUUAUUUUACAUAUGCCUCAUCACAUGUAAAGGACACAAAUCCACCUGCUGGGAAGAACCUGAUUUCUAUUGGAGAUUGGGCGAACCAACUUGAGCCAACUAAAACAUCGGAUUUAAGAUCCCCUAUUAGCACAAAGGCUAAGCAGUCUCCACAUUACCUGUAUGAUAAUGAUGAAAUGUAUGAAGCCACAGUGGAGAACAACUGCCAAACAGCUAUAUUUGAUGAUAUUGAAAUGACUGAGUCAGUAGCAAAAAGCAAACUGGAUUUAGGUACGAGGCUUCAGAACGACUCAAAAAGACGUAGGUUAGUUGACCUUGAAGUAGCUGAAAGAGAUGAACAAAAGAUGGAGGAUUACAUUCUUUCCAGGAACCAGGAAACUGGGAGAGCUGUCACUCCUGUUCAGCCUGCAGCAGUGUUGUCCAGUGAAUUACCUGAACGAGAAGAAGGAGAAGGAGAAGAAACUCCAAACUUCAGUCAUUGGGGACCAUCCCGAAUUGUUGAAAUCUUCAGAGAGCCUCACAUGUCUCUUGGAAUCAGUAUUGUUGGUGGACAAACUAUUAUAAAGCGCCUAAAGAAUGGAGAGGAACUUAAAGGUAUCUUUAUCAAACAAGUCUUGGAAGACAGCCCAGCUGGAAGAACAAAAGCCCUAAAAACUGGGGAUAAAAUACUUGAGGUGUCUGGAGUAGACUUACAAAAUGCCACACAUGAGGAAGCAGUGGAAGCUAUCAAGAAUGCAGGAAAUCCUGUUGUUUUUGUUGUUCAGAGUUUGUCUAGUACACCAAGAGUGGUCUCUGUGGUACAGUCUAAGAUAAAUAAAGCCAAGAAAGAUCAGGACACAGAAAGAGAAAACAAAAAUGAAAAGGAACUGUCAGCUAAAUCCUACAGCCCCACAGAAAAUCAGAGAAAAGUGGGGGCACCACCGCCGAUGAAGUUGCCACCUCCUUAUAAAGCGCCCAAAAGACUCCAGUCAGAGGAGGAUGCUGUGGAGGAGGAGGAUUUUCAUACAGAGGAGAAAAUCAGACAAAGAUAUGCAGAUCUGCCAGGGGAGUUGCACAUUAUUGAGCUUGAGAAAGAUAAGAAUGGGCUUGGACUCAGCCUUGCAGGCAACAAGGACAGGUCUCGUAUGAGCAUUUUCAUAGUUGGCAUCAAUCCAGAUGGACCUGCUGGGAGAGAUGGAAGAAUGCACAUUGGUGACGAACUUUUAGAGAUAAACAAUCAGAUAUUGUAUGGAAGAAGCCACCAAAAUGCCUCUGCAAUAAUUAAGACUGCUCCAUCAAAGGUCAAGUUGGUUUUCAUACGAAAUGGAGAUGCAAUUAACCAAAUGGCUGUUACUCCUUUCCCAUUACCUUCCAGCUCCCAGUCUUCUAUUGAGGAUCACAGUGGCACUGAACAUGCAAGCAGUGAAGAAGAUUGCAGCUCAGAAGUUGUCAUGAAAAGCUCGAUUGACGAUGAAUGUAUCAAAAUGGAUGUCAGAAACAAAGCUGACAAGCAGAUGUUGAUGGUAGAUCAGCAGGAUUUGGUGGAGCAACUUCCGGAAAAGGUCCUCAAUCAGUUAAAACAAUCAAAGUCUUCAACCAAAGCACCCAUCAGUUUACAUGAGAUAUCUUUGGCACCAACACCUUCUUAUCUUUCUCCAGAGGCAGAGUUCACCAGCCAUAGCAAUGUACUGCCUCCUCUGUUGCCAGUGGAUCCAGCCACAUGCCCAGUUGUUCCAGGGCAAGAGAUGACUAUAGAAAUAUCCAAGGGGCGAUCAGGCCUUGGUCUCAGCAUUGUAGGAGGGAAAGAUACUCCACUUGAUGCUAUAGUUAUCCAUGAAGUUUAUGAAGAAGGGGCAGCAGCUAGAGAUGGUCGACUCUGGGCUGGUGAUCAGAUUCUUGAGGUUAAUGGCGUUGAUUUGAGGAAUGCUAGUCAUGAAGAAGCUAUCACAGCCUUGAGACAGACACCUCAAAAGGUGCAAUUAGUUGUUUAUAGAGAUGAAGCUCAUUAUAAAGAUGAAGAGAAUUUGGAGAUUUUCUAUGUAGAUCUACAAAAGAAAACAGGCAGAGGACUAGGUCUAAGCAUUGUUGGAAAACGAAAUGGAAGUGGAGUGUUUGUCUCUGACAUUGUUAAAGGAGGAGCUGCAGACCUGGAUGGGAGAUUAAUACAAGGAGAUCAGAUCUUGUCUGUUAAUGGGGAGGAUAUGAGGAAUGCCUCACAAGAGGUUGUUGCCACUAUCCUCAAGUGUGCUCAAGGGCUAGUGCACCUAGAGAUUGGAAGACUGAGAGCUGGUUCUUGGUUAUCAUCACGGAAAACAUCCCAAAGCAGUCAGGUGAACCAACACAACAUGCAUAGUCACUUUCAUCCUGCACUGGCUCCAGUCAUCACUACCUUACAGAACUUUGUCAGUACCAAGCAGCUGUCGGCAGAUGCAUCUCAGAGAAAUUUAGUAGGAGCAGAUAUGGACCUGAGGACUGUGGAGAUAAUCAGGGGACCAAAUGAUCCCCUUGGUAUCAGUAUAGCAGGAGGGAAGGGAAGCCCAUUAGGAGAUGUUCCAAUCUUUAUCGCCAUGAUUCAAGCCAGUGGAGUAGCAGCACGUACCCAAAGGCUCAAAGUUGGAGAUCGGAUUGUCAGUAUUAAUGGGCAGCCUUUGGAUGGGCUGUCUCAUGCUGAUGCUGUUAAUCUACUAAAGAAUGCUUAUGGGAGCAUUAUCCUGCAGGUUGUAGCCGACACCAAUAUCAGUGCUAUAGCUAGCCAAUUAGAGAGCAUGUCUGCUGGAUGUAAUCUUAACUCCCCUACUCUUGAUUGUCAUUCUGAAGAUCCAGAGGCUCCUCGGCCUAAGAUUAUUGCUUUGGAGAAAGGUUCUGAUGGCCUGGGUUUUAGUAUUGUAGGGGGAUAUGGAAGUCCCCACGGAGACCUGCCCAUUUAUGUCAAGACUAUAUUUGCCAAGGGAGCAGCUGCGGAUGAUGGCAGAUUGAAACGUGGCGAUCAGAUUUUAGCAGUUAAUGGAGAAGCUUUGGAAGGUGUUACUCAUGAGCAAGCUGUAGCUAUUCUGAAAUGCCAGAAAGGAUCUGUAACAUUAACAGUGUUGUCAUGAAUCUCAUUGCACACGUGGAGAUGAAUGUAAUUAUUUUAAAACAUCGUAGAGCUGCUGCUAUAAUGUACAGACCUGAGUGAGAUGAAAAAAACUCCAGAUAAGAUUACUAUAUUCUAAUCCUAUUGCCUGUAUGGCUAGCGUGCAUCUAUGGUUUCAUUUAGUCUUAUAAAUGAAGCUUACUGGUCACUGAUUUUUCUACUUCUUUAAUAUCUUGUGGCUUCUGUUUCCUCUCAACAAGGUUAACUUAGAAAACUUUAAUGAACUGUAUGCGUUUUACUUUAGUUAAACAUCAGUUUAUCCCCACCAAUGGGCAAUCCCUGUUACAGUUGCUGAAACUGGAAUUAACGCGCACACACACACAAGAGAAUUUAGAUCAUCUGAUGAGGAGAAAUAAAGCUAGGUGAUUUGUCAUCUCACUCAUUAUUUACUUAUGCUAACUGUCCUUUCAGGUAUGCCAGAAAACAUUAAUAAUGUAAUUAAAUUACCAUUGUUCCAAAUGACGAAAUAUCCGAUUCUCCUCUGGGAAAGUGUGUGUGUGUGCUCUACACAGUAAGUUGGACAGUUCAGUGCUAACUUUUCAUAUUGAUCUCUCUGGAUAGGUCCAUGCCAGUUAGUGAUGAUUAUUAUGAUGGGUCAAUUUGCAGCCUUUAACAUUUAAAAAAACAAAAAAACUGGGGAGGAGCCUUUCUUUUCAGGUCUUUCAAAAUCUCCCAGACAGUCUUUUAAGAUCUUGAUGCGGCAUGAGCAACAUGUCUUAUUCAGUUCUAAUUAAUUUUUUACAGAAAAAGAAAUGUUCUGAAAUGACCAAGAUGCUCAGUACGUGCAUUUGUAAUUGUGCUGAAUUGCAGUACUAAUGUCCACAGUUAGAAUUCUAAGAAGGCCAGAGUUUGCCUCCAUAAUGUGAUCUAUAAUUCAGCUAAUGUGAAAGCUAGUAAGUUGUGAUUUGCACUGGCGGUGAGGGCUAAAUGAAGGCAGAUUGAACCAUUUUGCAAGUUUCCAAACGUCUGCGUGGUAUCAGCUGAUAUGGGAAAGGGACCUUUACUUAUCAGAAACUACCACUCAUCCAGUAUCCUGUGCUUCAGAUUGCUAGAACCUAGUUUUGUGCAAUGCCACUAAGAGAUUUAGCAAGUGAACUUGUAAAGCAAAGAAGUAGUAAUGCAAGUUGGUGCAGUUUAAUCUUUCUAACUUUGUGGAGACUGGUGGCAUGCAGAAAGCACCUCAGUAUGAUGUAGGGCUAAGAGGGCUAAUUUUUAAUGAUGAUACAGCAAGGAAAAGUGAAUACAAAAAAGGAAAAGUAUUGAAAUCGGCAGCUGAUUUAAUUAUUAGUUGUGUGUGAGGCCUUCCUAUUGGUAAAUGAAACCAGGCUUUCUUUCAAAAUCCUAUAAUUACUGUUCUUCAGUAUGUUUUAGCUAAAAUGUAAUAUUAUUCUGACUGUAUAAAGAAAAGUAUAUUGAAGUGAGGUUAAAAGGGAUAAAGUAG